CAUUCAUGCAACCUGUACAUGUACAACCGACUAAGUAGCCCCUUCCGGUCUUCCACCGCAUGAGCGCACCCACCCCAGCUCGGUGUACUCUCUCCAGCUGCCCACUCCCUGUGGACGAAGCCCUGUCGGCGUUAAGCUGAACCAGUUGGUACCACUAGCUCAUCGUCAUUGUCCCGCGCGCCAGCCGUGUAACGCCGCACCGCGCUCGGACACCCCAGAGAACCGCGUCACAGUCUGGAAAUGGGCCGCGCGACAGCGGCAAGCGCGAUGGACGAGCCGUGUCAAGCUGAACAGUCGACCGCAAACCCGAGGCGGUCUUUGUUGAGGAAAUGGAGAGACAGCAUCGUCUUCAACAAGGGCGACACACUCGUCUUCCCUGCAGAGGGCCAUUCGACAGGGGAAACCGAGACGGGACUCUCACCGGGCGUAACCCUCAAUGUCGCACCGAGGAUGCCGCCAGAGCUUUGCGACAGGAUCAUCGACCAUCUCUACCAUGACCGCGAUGGCCUUGUCGCAUGCUCCCUGACGUGUCGAGCAUGGCUGCCUGCGUCGCGACUUCACCUCUUCAGACACGUUCGCCUGCAAAGCAAGACCAUCCCAUCAUUCUUGUCCAUCCUCACAGCGAAUCCCGCCAUUGGGCCGUAUGUGGAAGAUGUGAUGAUCCUGGCAGGGAGCCAGGGGUUCACCAUACCAGAGAUUGACCAAAUGAGGACGUUGCAGUCAUUGAAAGAGAUCCUGGACCGACUUCCAGCUGUGAAGAUUCUCAGGAUCCCUGUCUUCUUCCGCAUAUCCAUCAUCGAGACGGUGAUUCUUGCGGCACUGUCCAAGUCGCUGCAGGCCAUAUUCUUCUCCGGCCUCUUCAUAACUGACCUCCGGUCGCUCUCCGAUCUAUUAGCCUCCUUCCCUCAUUUGCAGUCGGUCGCAUUCUCGAACGAGGUUUUGUGGCUGCCCGUCAUUCCUUUGCCCCCGCCAAAAGACGGCCAAAUUACCCCUACUCUUCCCCUCCGCCAUCUACGCAUCAGUGUCCCUCCCAAGGAACACGGCGCCGCGGAUUUCGUGAAGUGGUUGAAUUGGCGCUUCAAGCUCCAGGAAUUGCGCAGUAUUAGUAUCCGGUAUGGCGAGCUAUUCCGGAGUCGUGGCAUGCCAUCUGGCGUCGGACAGCUGUUCAGCAAGCUCGGACCAUCGCUCGAGAAGCUAGAGAUUGUAAUGCCUCGCGAUGUGCGCCUCAAAGCCAUGCACUUUGACCUGAGUCAUUGCACGAAAUUGAAGCACAUCUCGUUCCCGUUGCCCAAGAAGUUCAAGGAUCUCGGUGUCAUCCGCAGCGGCCAGUACUUCUUCCCGGCGUGGGCUGCAAUAUUCUUGUCCCGCGUCAAGACCGACAGCGUGCGCUCCAUUGCGUUCACGCUCAACUUCCAGAGCAACAACGACCUCCGCGACCUCGCAUACAUUGAGGAGAUCGCCUUGCCGCUGUCGCGGCCGGAAUUCAGCCAUCUGACGAAAGUCGAGUUCAGGAUCGCGGGCCGCUUCGAGCUGCAGAUCCGGCGGUUCAUCAAGGAGGAGUUGCCUGAGCUGUAUGCUCGUGGGAUCGUCUCUUUUGUGUGAGUAAUGCGAGAGAUGUUUGGCGCGGUCGUUUCUGAUUACUUGAGAUGCAGGGCUGUCAAACCUCCGUCUCGUCCCCCUACGCACAAACGAUCGUGUUCAGAGAUGGCGCUUCGUAGCAUCCACAUUGUAUGAUGCAUUGAUGUAUUUAUUGGCACUGUCAUCUUGCUCUCUCGUUGCACUUACGCAUGGACUUUCGCUGCUUUCUGUACAUGUAACUUACUGGUAGCUUGACAUUACACCGUGCUGCUGAGUACGUCUUCUGAACACGUACUUAUCUCUGAUAUCUCAUCAGGAUCUCAUAACAGCGCCGAGUGUGUUGCUGCAAUCUGAGCCAACUUCACCUACAAGUAAGUAUAACACACUAACAGUACAUGCCACUGUAGUUACGCCGAACUCUCUGUUGGGUAGCGUCGGUACUAGAAUUGGAGGUCGACGCGGUCGAAGUGUAUGUAAGUUAAGAUAGGCGCCGUUUAGUGUGGAUUUCAAUGAGAU